CUUCAGAAAAAAUUUAGAUUUAUUCACUACAAGAGGUAUGGCAACCUACAAAAUUGUGUUUGUUAGACACGGAGAAAGUGUUUGGAACAAGGAAAAUAGAUUCACUGGUUGGUACGAUGCAGACUUAGCAGAAACUGGUGUUGCUGAGGCUAAGUUGGCUGCAACGUUUCUUAAGGAAAAGGGGUUUACUCACUUUGACGUUGCUUUUACAAGCGUUCUGAAGAGAGCCAUUAAAACUCUAUUUCACAUUCAAGAGGGUUUGGAUUUGCACUGGAUCCCAGUCCAACGAAGCUGGAGAUUGAACGAGCGCAUGUACGGUGCUCUUCAAGGUCUAAACAAAUCCGAAACUGCCGCCAAGCAUGGUGAAAAGCAAGUUCAAAUCUGGAGACGCUCGUAUGAUACUCCACCACCACCUAUGGAUAAAUCUGAUGAAAGAUGGCCAGGACGAGAUCCAAGAUACAGUCACAUAGACAAAAACCUCCUUCCCCUAAGCGAAUGCUUGAAAGAUACUGUUGACAGAGUUCUACCUUUUUGGCAUGAUAGCAUCGUUCCCCAAAUCUUGGCUGGAAAGAGUAUUAUCAUUGCUGCACAUGGUAACAGUCUUCGUGCUCUUGUCAAAUAUUUGGAUAAUAUGUCUGAUGCCGAUAUAAUGGGAUUGAAUAUACCAACAGGCAUUCCACUCGUUUACGAAUUGGACGCCGACCUGAAACCAAUAAAACACUACUAUUUGGCUACUUCGGAACAAAUCGAAGCCGCCAUAAACAAAGUUAAAAGUCAAGGAAAAGCUAAUUAA